UCGUGUCCUGUCCUAUGCAAUGCCUCGUAAUGUCCGCUGUGGCACUAAUCUGUGUAGUGUAGUUCAGAGUUUGAAAAUGAGCUCUCCGUAUUUCAUGCAAAGCGGCUCCGUUCUCACCCGGAACCGCAGUGGGGGUGCGGGCAGAGUCCCGGCGGCCUCCCUAAGGUCCAAACUAACCAGCAGUCAGAGGGAUGCGGACACCGUUCCUGCAGUGAAGGUGAAGGCGGAGGCGGAGGAAGCGACAGUAUCCGACCUGAAGCCCUCUCUGACCCCUCUAUCCACCGAUGGCUGUCAUGAACGGCUCGACGCUUCGUCACGGCGUCGACGGAGGAGACAGGUUAAGGUGGAGUACGACGGAGACGACGGCGCUUCCCAGACUAAGAUGGAGCACUGGGAGCCUCCCGACUGGGUGACGCAGUUGGGUUUCAUCCGCGAGAUGAGGAGCGGCCGCGACGCACCCGUGGAUAACAUGGGAGCGGAGAAAUGCUACGACACGGAAGCCCCUGCGCAUGUAGCCAGGUGCUUUUCACAGGUGAGACGUUUCCAGGUGUUGGUGUCGCUCAUGCUGUCCAGCCAGACAAAGGACCAGGUGACAGGUGCGGCGAUGCAGAGGCUUCGAGCGCACGGCUGCACUGCAGAGAACAUAGCGGCCACGGAUGAUAAAAAGCUGGGGGAACUCAUCUAUCCUGUUGGCUUCUGGAGGAAUAAGGUGAAGUUUCUGAAGCAGACGUCGGCCAUGCUGGUGACGGAGUUCGGGGGAGAUAUCCCAAGCAGCGUGGAGGGGCUGGUUCGCCUGCCGGGAGUCGGACCUAAGAUGGCUCACCUGGCUAUGGACAUCGCCUGGGACCAGGUGUCUGGCAUAGGGGUGGACACACAUGUGCAUCGCAUCUCUAACAGGCUGGGCUGGCUCAAGAAACCAACCAAGAACCCAGAAGACACACGCAAGGCCCUGGAAGAGUGGUUGCCAAGGGAGCUGUGGAGUGAGAUCAACUGGCUGCUCGUCGGUUUCGGACAGCAGCUUUGUCUUCCGGUCAACCCGCUGUGCUCCGUAUGCCUGAACCAGUACAGCUGUCCAUCUGCACACAAAUGUUCUCCUGCAAAGAGGCCCAAACCCGGAUCACCAGGCUCUGCAGGUCCAGUACACAGAAUUAAAGUUGAAACUGAACCUGCAGAGGAAAGUGAUGUCAGAAAUAAAGCAGCAGCGACUCAAGAGCCCACUUCGCCCCUCACCAGAUGGACCAGAAGGCAGGUUAAAAAGUACUGCUAACUGCUGAUUUUUUUGGUUGUUGCAUGUUAUCGUGUGAGCUGAGUGCCGAUGUUGGACAUAUGUAAUGUUUUUACAAAUAUUCAACAAGAAUAACUGCUAGUUUUUAUCUGUUGGGUUUUGGACGCUGUUUGGCAGUGUUAUGUUUAAUGGAAUUAAUGUUUUUUGUACUGUUCCUUUUAUUU